CGGAAAAUAGAUUAGGAUCUGGUUAAUGCUGACAUGUUUCCAGACUUCCGUUAUUUCUUCUUCCAUGUUUUUAACAGCAAUGGCGGCGAAUCCUUUAAGUGCUAAUUUAGCUUUCAAUACCAUUAAACAGCAGAUUGGAUGGACGGAUUGGGCUAAAGCGGCAAUCGUGCCGGGUUUAGUUUCGUUGCUUGUUGUGCCUUUGAUUUUGUACGUUAUUUAUCCACCAACGGUGAAGACUAGUCCCGAUGCGCCAAGGCUAGCUAAGGAGAAGCUGGAGAAAAAGGGACCGAUGACCAAGAAUGAGAUUAUUAUGGCUGGGACUCUGCUUCUAACGGUGGGGCUCUGGAUUUUUGGAGGGAUUUUAAAUGUGGAUGGUGUUACUGCUGCCAUUCUUGGGUUAUCUAUCCUACUUGUGACUGGGGUAGUCACAUGGAAGGAGUGUCUCGCUGAAUCAGUUGCAUGCAAUACACUUACAUGGUUUACUGCACUCAUUGCUAUGGCUGGGUAUUUGAACAAAUAUGGUCUCAUCGCAUGGUUUAGUCAAACUGUUGUUAAGGUUGUUGGUGGGUUAGGUCUUUCAUGGCAAAUGUCAUUUGGCAUUCUGGUUCUUCUAUAUUUCUACUCGCAUUACUUCUUUGCCAGCGGAGCCGCUCAUUUCGGUGUCAUGUUACAGCCUUCUUGUCCGUGGCUAGUGCUUUGGGCACUCCAUCGUAUUUGGGAGCCCUUGUUCUAUCAUUCCUCUCCAACCUUAUGGGUGGCAUCACUCAUUAUGGCAUUGGAUCUGCACCCGUUUUCUAUGGGGCUGGCUAUGUACCACUAGCCAAGUGGUGGGGUUAUGGUUUCCUGAUAUCGGUCGUGAAUCUUAUUAUCUGGCUCGGAGUAGGAGGCAUCUGGUGAAAGGCUCUCGGCUUGUGGUAAUAAAAUUUGCAAAUACACUGAGGUAGAAGAAUAUCUCACCGAACCUUGCAGAUCGCAGUU